CUCGAAAAUUCUCCGUCCGAGGCACAACUGCUUCGAUUGUCAAUCGUCUUUGGAAUAAUUUUUCUUUUUUCUUGUCUAAGUAAAAAAUCAUGGUGUAUCUAGUGCGGAGCAAGGACGAUCUCGAGCAGAAGCUGGCCCAGGCCCGGGACAAGCUGGUGGUGAUCGAUUUCUAUGCCAACUGGUGCGGUCCCUGCAAGGUGAUUGCGCCCAAAUUGGAGGAGCUGGCCCAGCUCUAUUCCGACCGCGCUGUCGUCCUCAAGGUCAACGUGGAUGAGAACGAGGAGAUCACCGUUGAGUACAACGUGACUAGCAUGCCGACAUUCGUCUUCAUCAAGGGCGGCGAAGUAGUGGAGCUUUUCGUUGGCGGCAAUUCCGAAAAGCUGGCCAAGUGUAUGGAAAAGUACGUAGGCGAAUCGGUGGAGAAUCCCGACCAAAGCAUCCACGGCCACUCGUCCAGCCACUUGGACGGCGGAUCGUCUCUGAACGAGUCGGAGAUGGACAGCAUCAGUGCCGGGCCGAGCGCCACCAGUGGCGACGUCAGCAUUUGUGAGCUGGGCGAUCGCGAUACAGGAUGCGCUGUUCCCGAGGCCAAGGGCGCAGCCUUGGAGAACUAAUUAGGAUGUCAAGAAUGUGCUGAAUUUCACCUAAACACCACCCCCUUCAAAGAAACAAACAAACUUUUUACACUAUACACUUAAAUGGAAGGUAUACAUAAUAAUAUAAUGCUUUUUUGCUUUGAUUCUCGAAUGCUACACUAUAACAAGAACUACAACGAACCAUUACUCGAAUGCCAUACUGAUCUAUUGUAACACCAAACACUAUCCCAUCCGGAAAUAUGUACAAUCGACUGAUGAAAAAUUUCAAAUGGUACUGAUGGUUGCUGUUUUAAAUAAAGUACACAAGUUGAAUUGUAAAAUUUA